CUCAAUGAACCAAGAUGGCGAAUAAGUUCGAGGUGCCGACAUGGGCUGGAAAACCACCGCCUGGAUUACAUCUGGAUGUUAUGAAAGACACAAAAAUGGUUGAGAAACUGAUGGUUGAUGAGAAAAAGUGCUAUCUUUUUGGGCGUAAUCCUGAUGUCUGUGACUUCUGUAUUGAUCACCAAUCUUGCUCCAGAGUACAUGCGGCUCUGGUUUAUCAUAAACACUUGAACAGAUCAUUUAUAAUAGACUUAAACAGCACACAUGGCACCUUCCUUGGUACUAUACGUUUAGAAGGCAGUAAACCACAACAAGUUCCCAUAGAUAGUACUCUGCGAUUUGGAGCAUCAACACGAUCUUAUGCAAUUCGAGAGAAACCCCAGACUAUCGCUAAGUCUGCCAUGAAGACUGACAAAGAGGAGAAAGAGAAUUCUGUAAUGGAUGAGCUUCAUGGAGGGUUGCUAGGGUUACCAGAAGAGGAGACAGAAUUAGAUAAUUUAACUGAGUUCAACACGGCACAUAAUAAGCGUCUUGGAGUGGCGGGUAAUGUAGAAGACACAGGUGGCACUACUGAUAUCACAAGACCACCGUUAAAAAGGAAAAGGAAAAACUCUCAUGUUUCAUUUCAAGAUGGAGAAGAAGUAAUCAAUCCAGGUAAAGGAAAUAAAAAGAAAACUGAGAGUGUGCCCAACCCAAGCAUGGCGGAGAACAUUACACGCAGGUUACAAAGUUUUUCCUACACACGCUCUCUCUAUGCUGAUCUCCCGGCAUCUAGUGAUGAACAGAUGCAGAUAUCACCCACUUCGCCGACCACGCCACCAACAGGACCUUACCCCACCACACCUGGUGGUGCCUCUUUUAAUUUUGUUCCAAACUUGGCCCCAGAGGUUGGACCGAGUGUGGAGCCAACGUCACCGUCACAGGCCCAGGCAGCCCCAGUUACUGUGGGACUAAAAGACAUGGAGCCAAGGAAAAAGUUCUUCCCGAAAGAAGCGUGGCCAGGAAAGAAACCGACACAGUCUCUAUUAUUGUAGUACUGGAUACUAUUGUGUUUGUUUGAGUGAGGUGUUGCGUGCACCAAUGUUGGAAACCAUCCUUGCGUGCUGAAAAGUUUGUGAUGUGACAUUUUGAACACCUAUUCCUACAUCCAAGUUCACACCAGGAAACGGCAGUACAUUGGAAACAAUAUAAAUGUACAUGGAGAGAGAUAAACUCUGAGAUGAGCAAAAGAAUGUUUUUUGUAGUAACGUAUUUUCAGAUGACUUUUCUAAACGAUGUAUUUAAACUGUGAAUAGUCUCCAGGUUAUUGUGAACAGACCAGCAUAGUAAAACAUGAACAUUCAAUUUUCUUGUAUUUCAUUGUUGUGUUGUAUCAUUUGUCGUCUGCAUGUCUGUCUUUGUGGUGCCAACUGUGUUGGCAUUAUACGUAUUAUACAAUACAAGUACCGGUACUGACUUAAAAACAAAAUUUGCACUUUAAAAAAAAAAAUUUUUUUUUUAAUAUA